AAAGCAAUGGAAAUCACAAUGAAAAACAUUGAAAUACUAAUAUCAAAUAAAUUAGAUGAACAUAGGAAAAGUAUUUUAAAGGAAACAGAAAAGCUACUCAAGGAACAAGAGAAAACUUUUACUUUAAUUGUAAGUGGCAACCUUAAAAUCAUAUCAGAUAAACUUAACGUGAUGGAGAAAGAAAUUUUAGAAAACAAAUCAAAAAUUAAAAAUAUAGAAAAGGAUCUUAACGACGUUAAAGAUAGUCUAAAUUUCCUAGAAGAAAAAACUUUAGAAAAACUUAAAAAAAUUAAAAAAUACUUCGACAAUGAAAUCAACGUAUUGUAUACAAGAACAACAGAUUUGGAAAAUCGAUCACGUCGAAAUAAUCUCAGAAUAGAUGGACUAGUAGAAAAACCAGGAGAAAGAUGGAGCGAGUGUAAAAUUGCAGUGAAAGAAAUCUUUAAUAAAAAUCUUAAAAUAUCAAGCGAAGUGGUUAUUGAAAGAGCCCAUCGAAUUGGCCCAAUUAAUAAUAAAAAACCUAGAACAAUAGUAUUAAAACUCUUAAAUUUCCAGGAUAAAAACAAAAUCCUGAAUGCUGUAAAAAAUCUUAAAGGAACUGGUGUGUAUAUUAACGAGGACUUUUCGCAAGAAACGAUUGAACAACGAAGGAAACUUUGGGAAGAGGUGAAACGACUUCGAAGUGAAGCAUAAUGAAUAACGAAACAAUAGAUUUUGAAACGCUGCACUUUAAUGUCUUCGAAACGGCAAAUAAUGUUAUACUCAACGAUUUGAAUGACGCAGAUGCGCAGAUUUUUCGCGGAAUAAAUUUUGGUUCUCAAUAUUUUGAAACAGAAACUUUUAAAAUUGAACUUACAAC